AUGGCUGCGACUUCUACAUCCAAGCCCGGCUAUCCGGCUGAUCUUCUGUGGGUCAAUCAUGAUGCCCAGAACAUGAAAGCGCAGCCCCACCGGCAACGUGUCUUCAGUCAUAUUCAACAACGGUACCGACCCUGGCAGAGACGCGAUUCAGCCCAGAAAUUAAGAAAAAGCGUGCAAAUACCAACGACAGGCUCUCGAGAGCAGUCUUCCGAGAGUGACGAAGACCGCUUCGAGUCGUGGGGCACUUCUCCAGCCUCGUCAUGCACGUCUUACAGCUCGGACCGUGUGACAAGUCCAGACGGAAGUCCUGGGCUGCUUGCGCAUGAGGUAAAGUUAUUUCGAGGAAAUUCUGAUCCAUUCAACGCCUAUCCUAUCACAAUAUCCCCGAGGGUAAACGACAUUCUUCGGUUCUACCGAGACAUCGUCAUACCUUCACAAUAUCACACCAGCACGGAUGGUUGGAGAACGCUAGACGCCGCUGCCGACGACUGGAAGGAUGUCGUCCGCUCACUGCACGAAAAGGGUGGCGCGCUAGGAUUUCUUGCGCGAUGGGCACAGGUCGCGUCCAAUGUCACGGAAAACUCCGAGCUCGCUGUGCAGAGCUUGCGCUUUCGAUCUGAGAGCACCUCGAUGCUGCUACGGAAAUUACAGCAGGGCUCUGGAAUCGUUUCGCGGACGUCUUACUGGCACAUCAUCGCAUUAUAUAUGGCUGAGGCACAAGCUGGAAAUGCUGACGGGGCGUGGCUCCAUGCAACAAUGCUGUGUCGGGCAUUGAAGUACGAGAGUCAACAUGGGCAAGUGGACAUCACGUCUCUGCGAUCCUUCAUGUACAACGAAGCCUGCGCCUGUUGCAUGUUCCUCAGGAAGCCUGUCUUGGAUUAUGACGGUUGGGUCCAGGAUGUGUUCCAGACAGCUUGGGCAAAAGCCAGGAAGGAACUACCGGCCAUGCAGCUAUCGUUCCCGACAUCUCUGGAUCCGUCGAUUGAAGAUGAGUUCCUUGUGGAAAUGUUCAUCCAGGAGCGCGAAAGUCUCGCCGUCUGGCAACAUGGCUCCAAAAGAGCGGAUGGACUAUCCCCUGCUGUGUUUACGUGGUGGUGUUCCAGCCACCUGGUCAAGCACACAAGGCUCGUAAAGUAUGCACUGGACCGUAUUGACGACGCAAAAGAAGGUAGGGGCCCACAGUCGCAUCUUCACAAGAAGAACGCCUACCUUGCUUUGACUGCGAUCUAUUGGACGCGCCUCAUUGCUGGGGACGAGACACUCCUGGGAAAGGAGAUUUACCAAACGAAGAAACCCUUGCGAAGUCUGGCCCGACAGCUUCUUGAAAAAGAGCAAGUGGUUGUUGAAUUUACUGGAUCGAUGAAAUAUGCACACGCACGCCUGUGGGCUCUUUACGUCGGUGCGCAAGCAGAGCAUGACCGGUUGGGAGUUCGACAUGCCAGCGAGUGCUGGUUCAGCGACCAGUUCUCUCUCCUGGCUUCUCGGAUGAAUCUGUCCUCUUGGAACUCCGUGCGCUUGAUUCUAGACGGUUUCUUAGACUGCGAUGUCGUUGAGCCACGUGGUUCUCAGUUUGUGCCGGCACUGUUGUCGCGUCGUCCCUCAGCGCUAAAAGGAGACAGUCCACCAUCUUCCAAGGCACCAUGA